CAGACCGCUAUUUCUCUAAAUGCUGCAUCUGCAGGUUGAGGGAGUGAAUUGAAUCUCAAUCAUGGAGGGAAAGAGAAUGAGGACAGUGAAUUUGUAUCCCAUCCUUUUAAAUAACCAUUAUCUAAACCCUCUACUUUGAUGAUGAUGUCAUUACAGGCUUUUUGAUUUAUAUAAGACCCAGUGUCAUGUACAGCAUUAUUUUUGCAUAGGCUACCCCUUUAAAAUACAUGCAGUCUUGAUUCUGUCAUACAUUUUCAACUUUGAUGUGUUGAUUUUGCAUAAGUCAUGGCAAAGACAUUCUUUAUCUUUUAUCGAGUCAUUUAGUAGUCUAGUACAAGCAGCCUAUAGGCCAAGCCAGUGAGGUUAGUAAAGUUAGGUGGUCAGGUGUGUAUAAACUAUGUAUGCCUGCCUCGGUUAUCAUAGCAAAGCUUUUGACGGCCUGAUGAUGCACGAGCAGGCUCCUAAGAGGCGAGGCGGAUGAAUCCCGACAGAUGGCUCCCGGUCCCGUUAACUCAUCGCCGUUGCCGUCCCGGUGCGCGUGGAUUCCCCGCAUUGACUCGUGAUGAGUUCAGCAGCAGAGGAGGCGCGCGGAGAGAAAAGAGGGGGGAAAUAAGGGGGCCCGCGCGCGCCACAGGGGUUUCAGCCGGUGACGUAGCUGCCUGUUAACUCACCAAGCGACAUUACCGUAUUUACAUUUCUGUAUCAGAGAACUCGCGAGGUGUAGGCCUACUUCCUACCGGCAUUUUAUCUGUAUGUUUCUAAAAUAUCCCGUAUAUACAGCGUAUAUAUAUAUAUAUAUACAGCGUACGCGAAUAUCUGACAAUGAUCGUCCCACACCACUGAUUUCACCCUAUUUAACCACCAAUCUGAUCAUAUGUUCAUAGAAGAAUACCUGGAAGAAGAUGAGGAACCACCUUUGCUGCUCAGCUCUUGUCCUUCUCACGGUGUUUGGCACUGGAGGGACUGUAGCCGUGCAGUGUCCCUGGGGGGAGGGGUGUGUGUGUCUGGAGUGCCCCAGUGGCCAAGAGCCAAUCAAGGCUUGCUGGCAGGUCGAGGGGCCAGGCGAGGCGAUGCGAUGCCAAUCUUGUCCAGCUGGUACUUUUUCGGACAGCUAUGACUCUGAUCAAUGCCGCCCACAUUCCUCCUGUGGGGUCCUCAACAAAAAGGUUGUGACCUCUGGUACAUCGCACUCUGAUGCUGUCUGCGGAGACUGUCUGUAUGGGUUCCACCCCACUGCUGGGAGGACAGCCUCCACCCUGGCCUGUGUGAGAGCCUCCCCUGCCCAAUCUACCCACGUGCGUGCGGUGCGUACGGUGGAUAAGGGUUCGACGGGCAGUGGCGGCCAGCCGGUGAACGGUACAGCAGUGCGGAGCCCGGAGGAGAAGAGUACAGAGUAUGCCGUGUUCGCCCUGGUGCCAAUCUUCUGUGUGAUGGGACUCCUGGGGAUCCUCAUCUGUAAUAUCCUCAAGAAGAAAGGAUACAACUGCACUGCUGAGAAGGAGGGAGGAGACGAGGAGAAUGCUACACCACAGAAAGAGGGUGACUGUUGUCCCUACAUCGUAGACGAUCCUAAUGAAGACACCAUCAGUGUUCUAGUGCGCAUCACAGAGAAGAAAGAGAAUGCUGCUGCCCUGGAGGAGCUGCUACUGGAGUACGAGAGUAAACAGAUGGCCAUCAGCAAAGCCUCCUCAAUCAAGUUCCCAGUGCUGUCUCCGUUGACUCAUUUCCUCUCCUUACCCAGACUAUGUCCUCACCAGUCUCACCUCCACACCAUCUCUGGUCUGUCUGGCCUGUCUGGCCGACACGGCUACUGCUGCUCCCGCUGUGCCCAGAAGAAAUGGCCCCCCAUCCUCCUGCCCCCCAUCAAACCCCCAAAGUUCCUCCUGACCCCCUCAAACCCCUCAGUCUCUCCUGUUCACCACUCCACCACUAAGAUCUCCCAGACGCCCAGGGCUGGGUCAGGGUUACUCCCUGAAGGGAAGUGGAGGAUUCCUGGGGAGGUGACCCGGUCUGUUGGGAGGUUUCAGGUGGCUCAGAUUCAGGAGCAGAGGCCUGGUUCCGUGGAGAUGACGCUCUGCCCAGAGUCGAGUGACUCAGACUCAGUGGAGGAUUCAUCUCUGCUGGGGGCGAACAAGUCAUCCUCGUCAUCAUCCUCACCAGCUGCCAGGGGUACACAGGAGGUUAAGAGCUAAACAUUCGCAGAGAGGAAUGCUGGGUAAAAAUAACUCUACCUCGCUGAUCAAUGGAUGUGAUGGGAUUCCAAAAUGGCGACCAGAGAAGUUGUGAUUUGGGAAGUUAGCCUGGGUGCUUGUUGGGAAGUUAGCCUGGGUGCCAGACAAAGGGAAACCCUUGUAUUUUUAACACAAACAAGUUGUAUCUAUUCCUAUUGUCUUUAGAGGCAGGGAGAAGAGAGGAGGAACAAACUAUGAAUUAACCCAACCGUGUGGUCAACACAGUCUGCACUCGACACAGUGCAAUACACACACACACACACACACACACACACACACACACACACACACGGGGGUAGGCCUACACACAUAGAACACAUACAAAAAGAACAAGUAUUAUUAUAGGAAACGACUCCAAUUUGUAGUGUAGAGAACUUUUAAUCAUUUUUCUAACACUUUCAGCUGUUUUGACUUGUUAUAUUUGAAACGCUGAUUAGCGUAAGUUUUAGGCCUUCUUGAUAAUGUUGAAUGUAGUCUCCAACAUUGAUAGAGAGACAUAAUAAUAUACAAACAGCAUGAACUACAUGUUGUACUCUUUAGCUCUUAUAGAUGGCAUUUAACUUCAUUUAGUUUCUGAUUAAAGUUGAACAUGUGGUAACAGCAGUGUAAAUGACUGUAUAUAUGUACAUAGGGCUGUGAAUAUUGAAACUCUUAGAUUUGACCAGAGGAGGGUCGGACAGGGAGAGAGGUCAGGGAGAGGGUCAGGGAGAGAGUCAGGGAGAGGGUCAGGGAGAGAGU